AUGUUUGAUUUAAGGGAAUCUUGGGUUCCAGCCUAUGCACGACACUUUUUUGCCGUUAGAAUAUCAAGCAGCCAAAGAGCGGAAGGUUCUCAUGGUUUCUUCAAGCAAUACAUAUCAAGGAGAAAUUCGUUGAUGGAUUUCAUAAUACGAUUUGAGAGGGCACUUUCUCAUCAACGUCAAAAAGAGUUCGUUGCUAAUCACGUAGAUGCAUUUGAAGUGGCUCAAUGUAUUCUACCGAUGCCAAUGAACAAACAAAUGGCUACCUUGUACACAAGGACAAUGUUUCAAAAGUUUGACCAAGAACUAAUACAAAGUACAGCAUGUUUCCUAGAGCCCAAAACAGAGGAUGCUUCUAAAGUUGUCUUUAAUUUGAGCGAAAGGAAAAAUUGGGAAACAAGAGUGGCAGAAGUCAUAUAUGUCAAAGAUUCUGACCACGCAUCGUGUAGCUGCAAAAGAUUUGAAUUUCUUGGAAUUAUUUGCAAGCACAUCCUAGCAUUGUUCAGAAGGGACCAGAUUGAAUAUAUGCCCAAUAAAUACAUUUUGAAGAGGUGGAAGAAAACUGCGAAAUCUGGAUUGGUGUCAGAUGCAAAUGGCAACGAAAUUAAAGACUCUACAGAUCUUGGUCUUUUAAUAAAGCGGAGUACAAUGUCCCGACUUGCUUCAGAUGUGGUUGAGGAUGCAUUAAUAUGUGAAGAAGGAUGUGAGCUACUGUCAGAGACUCUAAGAAGUUUGCGGGUGAAGUUGAAGUUGUUGAAGGAUGGACCAAGUAAUAACGAAGUUGGAGAGUCCAACUCUCAAACACAAUAUAUGAAAGACCCUAAGAGAGUAAGGUGCAAUGGAGGGUUGAAACGAGUAAUGGGAGCAAAGGAAAAGGCAAUGAAGCGAGGGAUUAGACACUGUCGGGAGUGUGGACACAUUGGUCAUGAUAGAAGACAAUGCCCAAGAAAUUUGAACACACCGACAUCACCGUCGAACAAUGACGAAUCAACUCCAAUAAAUCUUAGUGACCCAUUAUUCGACGAAUUUUACAGGAUGCACGGACCAACUCAAUGA